AAGUGAAUAACCGAAUCGAUUAAAUUUUGUUUGUUUAUCGCGAAUGUCGUAUUAGCAAAAAAAAAAAAAAAAAAUAAAAUGCACACAUUAUUCACUGAUCAAGCUACCUUCACACGUCAUUACGGGCAAGCAGGAUACCCUCCGAAUACUGCAACUGCCAUGACCACAGGACAUCCUUACCCGUAUGACCAAUAUUCCCGUUAUGGAUACCAUCCAGGUGCUGCUUACCUCACAGGGCCACAAAACAAGGAAAUGGUAAAGCCCCCAUACUCGUAUAUCGCUUUAAUUGCCAUGGCGGUCCAGAAUGCGCCCGAUAAGAAAAUCACCCUUAACGGCAUUUAUCAGUACAUCAUGGAGCGAUUUCCUUACUACCGGGACAACAAACAAGGAUGGCAAAAUAGCAUUCGACACAAUUUGAGUUUGAACGAGUGUUUUGUCAAAGUAGCUCGUGAUGACAAGAAACCCGGUAAGGGAAGUUAUUGGACUUUGGAUCCCGAUUCGUACAAUAUGUUCGAUAACGGGUCAUUUUUGCGGCGUCGUCGUCGAUUCAAGAAGAAGGAUUUCAUGAAAGAGAAGGAAGAUGCGAUUAAACGUCAAAAUAUGAUCCUCGAAGAUAAAUUAGGAGAUCUCAAGCCAAUCAAACUCAUGGCUGGCAUGUUGGACAACAGCAAAUUCGGGCAUCAUCAGUUGAAACGCGAACCCGGACUUGAACUUUCCUCCCAAUGCAUGAGCAAGGAACAACUUUCGUCGGCAACACUUUUGAACACGUGUCACGAUACCUUGUCGCAAAUGAAUCACCUGACUUCAGGUGCCACGGAACACGGCUUCACCGUGGAUUCGCUCAUGAACGUUUACAAUCCGCGACUUCAUCAUUCCUCGUAUCCGUAUCACUUUAACGAGGAGAACUUGGUAACGACGUCGACGCAUCCCUCGUUGCGACAUCAUGCGGCGGCCCAUCAUGCCCAUGCAGCGAGCAUUGCAGCAGCAGCGCAUCAACAACAUCAUUGGUAUGCGCCGGAGACACCGCCAGAAAGUGUCGUUGGGAAUACUUCGGCAGGCAGUACGCAGGGCAAUGGAACACCAACAGCUGUCAAUGGGUUCCGGGAUGUCUUCGAUCAGAAUCAAAAUAACAAUACGACAACGUGUCAAAUGGAAACGGGACAUAGUCCGGGUAGUAUGACGUCCGCAAGCCCGCCAGCAUCGUCAACGGGUACGGCGUCAGUGGGUCCGUCGCCAAUUAGUGCGGGACAUUUGCAUCAUCACAGCAACCAUUUGCAACAUUACCGAUCUCACGUAAGCUAUUAUCAAGAUUGUGGUAUCAAGUAUGGCGUUUAA